CAUCUGAAUAAAAUAAAAUUAAUAUAUACAUAAGUUGGUUGAUUUCGCCAGCGACACAGUUAAUUGUUGCAAACAUUAUAGGCAAACGAGUGAACGAGCGCGCUUCUCUUCCACAUCACACUCGCCCGCCGUGCGAUUCGAUUUUCCUUCUUAUUCUUCUUACAAAUUUCAAUAUUAAACGCGCUGGUCAUUGUAGUUGGACGAACGGCGCGCAUCCACCGAGAUCGGUAGGUGGACCAACAGUGUGUUGUCAGUGUACGGGUGUACGUUUUCUCCAGCGGCUGUGGUGUAAUGUGCACCAACGUGUUUUACGCCCAAAAAUAAGCCGUCUGCUUUCGUCGCCAUCACCGUCGAUACUAACAAAUUCUGUGAACAUUGCGACAUGAAGCUGCGCGAAUAAAGACGAUAAAAUCGAUAAGACGACAACGCGAGUACAACUUGUGUUUCAGUGUAUGUAAAUGCAAAAACGAUUAAUGGAAUUCAGUGAUAAAACAAUACAAAGUGACUAAAGAACUUAAAUAAAACUCACUAGCACACACACACACACACACACACCCAUACAGCAAUACAGCAGCAAGGCAAACAAAUAUUGUUAAACUGUGAGCAUCAUCAUAAUAAAUUUCUUAAAUAAGGAGAAAAGUCAAUAAAAAGUUAUCAACGACAUGUCCGAGCUGCAAGUAAUCACAACAAAUUACACAGCCACUUCCAAAGACAAACUGGAGGUGUUCGAGCUGCCACAAAAUUACUCGAUACUCAUUAAUAAAUUGGAGCGUUUGGCAUUGGGCCUAGACUCGGCGUUCGGUAAUCUCUCGUUGGAACGUAAAGAAGUCGAAGUGGCUGUGAGUGGUUCAAAUGAGUUUCUGGAUCCCUUUGCUGGUCCAACGGCUGCUGGUGGGCAUCCACAAACACCGCAUGCCGCAUAUACACACCAUGAGAGUGAGUUACCCGUUGUGGUAAGCGACAUCUGGAUCGGUGUUAUUUUAACGCUGCUCAUAGUGUCGGUGAUAUUCUUCAUUUGUUCCUGCUUUUUAUAUCACAAAUUCCAACAAUGGAAGAACUCAUAUCGCACCAAUCCAGAGCCGGUGGAGAUAUGCCGUCACUUUCCACCAGAAUAUGAGGUGGAGUCACUCCCAUCUUAUACCAUUGUCUCAGGCUUACCCACUUACGAUGACGCCCUGGAGGAAUUCCGAAAAGCUGGCAUAAUUCUUACGCCACCCAUGCCUGUGGUGAAGAUAUUUGAGAAAGAUCCCGCAGCUGUUGGAAGCACAGCUAAGGAGAAUCAAAUCUUUAAUAUGGAAAACGGCGUCAACACUGAUACUGAUAACAUCUCUGUGACUUCAACGUGCACUUGUGGUGCGGCAAAUAAUUCCAACUUAACCAAUCCAAAUUCAGUAUAUACUGUACCCUCACCACUUGCUUCGCAAGUCAUCGAACUGUCGCCCGAACAAUUGGCCGCCUUGUCACAGAAGCGUCUUUCGUUACAGAUCACAUUCAACAAUGCUGUGCGUCGUAACUCUCGUCCGCGUGGUGUCGAUCUAUAUCGUCAGGUGAACCGCAACAAUUUAUUGCGCUCACAAGCUGCUGCCGCCGCAGCUGCUACACGCGAAGGUUUUCCACAAAUUCAUCGCUCAUCAUCGACGUUGACCCUGUCCAAUGAACCGAAUAUGCUGGAUCGACGUCUCAUGCAGCAUCUACAGCACCGCGGCUCUCUUUAUUGAAGCCUCGAUUGACAAGAGAAAACUGCUUUUACGAUAAUGCUUUCUGCUGAACUAUUGUACUAUUGGUUAUACUUACAUAUAUUUAUAAAUAUGUAUUCUAAGUUCUAAAAUUCUCUUAUUAUUAGUAUUUUUAGUGUAG